AUGGCUGAGCAGACUUUUACCAUCAAGGCUCUUCAGCUCGAAGACGUGCCCGAGGCAGCUCAACUCAGCAGCGAUGCCUUCCUGGCGGAUCGCCAAACCCAGAUGAAGGCUCUCGGCCGGAACCCGUUCAACCUCAAGGAGUACCACAUGCAGAGCCUUCCGGAAAUGCUCAAGUCGCCGCGAUGCGUGAUACUCAAGGCCGUCGACAACGAGACGGGGGAGUUUGCUGGCUUCUGCAACUGGGGGCUCAUUGGGUUUUCGCCCAGCGAGAUGCCGGAGCUGGAGGGCAGGAUCCAGCCUCCCGAAAGGCCGGCCGCUGCCCCGGCAUCUCAGUCAGAGGACGACAAGGAUGAUGAGGGGGAGGAGAGGAAUAAGAAGCCGGAAAAGGAGGAGGCGUCCCCGCCCAAGCAGAGUGUUACCCCAGGCCCAGAGGCCGUCCCCGAUGCCGAGGACGAUCCCAUUGAGCGGCUUCAGGCUCUGACGGGUGCCGACCUGGACGCGUGGCAGAAGGAGGUGAUGCCCCCGGGCACCAAAUGCCUCGUGGUCAUUGGGCUCUCGGUGUCGCCAAAGUUCCAGCGGCGAGGCAUCGGAUCCGCGCUGCUGCGCUGGGGCACCAACAUCUGCGACGAGGCGGGCGUCUUUGCAUGGGUUCACUCGUCGGAGCCGGCGUGGAGGGCCUACGAAAAGGCAGGGUUCGAGGUGAUACGGUGCCUCGACGUGGACCUGGACGAGUACGCUCCGUGUCCCCCUCCCGACGAGGGGCCGGGUGCGAAAUGGGGGCAUUAUGUCUUUCGAUAUAUGAAGUAUUUUCCAGCCAACGGUUAG